UGGUCGGUUUGGUUAGGAUAAAAUCGAUGUUAGUCGUUAGUGAGCAGUUCCCUUGGAAUCAUGGCAGAAGUACGACUUUAUGAUUCAACAAUUUGUCGGUUAUGUGCAGAAGAUAAUGGAAAUGGAGAAUUACUCUACAUGGCAGAUGGUGAUGAUCCAGAUUUAAGUUCUAUGGUCAAUCGGUACUUGCCGCUCAAGAUUCGAGAUGAUGGGAAAUUACCACGUACAAUUUGUCCUGGUUGUAAUAUUCAACUGGAGGCUACGAUACAGUUUUUUGAAUUAUUGGUGGAUGGUCAAAGGAAAAUUCGUGAGAUGUGGAAGCAUCAGAUAGAACAACAACGUAAAGCUGAACGAGAACGCUUACGUGCAGAAAAGGAGAACACAGAUGUUAGAUCAGAAACAUCACAAUUGGAUAUUAUUCCCAGAUAUAACGAAGAAGACCACUUUGAGCAACAAAUAAUAAUAAAAAUAAUGCCAGAUGGUUCUAUGUAUGCUGCAGAACAUGAAAUGAGUUUACAGAUGGAAGGAUUAAGUAAACCCAAACGAAAAAGAGGACGUCCACCAAAAUCUCACACAGAGAACAUAUCUGUGGAAUUAACAAAGGGAGAUGUACUAGAAGCAGUGAGUCAAGAAGAAGAAGAUAAACAUGAAGAGGAAAUAGAUGAAGUAGAUGGAGAUGGAAGACGUCGCAGAAAGCGUAAAGUUCCGAAAAGGUAUAUGGAGGCAGUUCAAGGCAAAGAACUAGAACGAAUAUAUAAGGAGGAGGGAGUAAUUGAUGAAGAGGAUGAUGAUGAUCCUGAUAAUUUUGAAGAUUCUGAAGAACAGUUAAAUAUGUCUGUUCCUGAUAGUCAAGAAGAAAUAAUUGGUCACUUAGAAUCUGAAGAAGGAAAAGAUCUUGGAGAGUUAGUGAUAGUAAACAGAGGUAGAGGACGAGGUCGACCAAAAUUACGUCGUAGAAGAAAUAAGUUCACGUGUCAAUUAUGUGGUCGGGGAUUUCUUCAACGUAGCAGAUAUAUUGUGCACAAGAGUUUCCACAAAAGCAUAAAAUAUGAAUGUUCGGAAUGUAAAAAGUUAUUUACAAGCAAAGAAAAUUUAGAAUUGCAUCAGAAGGCAACUCAUCAUAUUGGAGAUGAUGUUAAUCAGGAUUUUGAGCAUAUUGUCGAAGAUUCAACCUUUGAAUCAAAACGUUUAUCCGAAGAAAAUAAUAUUUCUAACACGCUUGAUCAUGCAUUGACUGAAGAACAACAUACAAAUAAUUCAAAUAAUUCUAGUGAUUCUCAGAAAAAUGUUCCAUGUGAACACUGUGAAAAGUUAUUUGAAACAAAGGAGAUGUAUGACCUGCAUUUAAAAAUGGCCCAUGAACGUGAUAAAUUAUUUAUAUGCACUAUUUGUAAUAAAAAUUUCACACAACAAGCGGCUUUAAAACAUCAUAUGUCAAUACACGAGAGAAAUAAAUUAGAGAAAGAGUAUCCAUGUGAUAUUUGUGGAAAAGUUCUCAAUCAUCCUAGUUCUGUAGUAUAUCAUAAAGAAGCAGAACACAAUAACGGUCGUCGAUUUGUUUGCAAUAAAUGCGGAAAAAGUUUUAAACAUAAGCAAUUGUUACAACGUCAUCAGCUUGUACAUUCUGAUGAUCGGCCUUAUAUUUGUAAAUCAUGUAAUGCCAGUUUUAAAACAAAGGCAAAUCUAAUCAAUCAUCAAUCUACACAUACUGGGGAAAAAAAAUAUUUUUGCGAAAUUUGUGGACAGCAAUUUGCACAUAAAACUAGUCUCACGCUACAUUAUAGGUGGCAUACAGGACACAAACCAUAUACAUGUGAGGUAUGUCAUAAAAGUUUUUCACAAAAUGGAAAUUUACAAGAACAUAUGCGAAUUCAUACGGGAGAAAAACCUUAUUGCUGCGAUUAUUGUGGCAGAAAGUUUACUACUUCUUCACAAUUUAAGCUACAUGUUAAACGACACACUGGCGAGCGCCCUUGGAAAUGUGAAUUUUGCGCCAAAUGCUUUUUGCACAAGGAUACAUGGAAAUGUCAUGUUCGCAGGCAUAAAGGAGAACGUCCUUUUCAAUGUGCUCAUUGUAAUCGAGGUUUUACAGAACAAUGGGCUUUGAAGAAGCACCUUCGUUUACACACUGGUGAAAAGCCUUAUUCCUGUGAUGUUUGCGGAAAAGCAUUUGCUGAUUGUUCAAACUUAACAAAGCAUAAGAAAGUACAUAGGGAAACUAAACUUUCUGCGAUAAAUGAAAUAGAAGGUUCUCCAAUCGGAGAAGUUUGGCAAAUUUUACCAAGUUCUCAAGAAUCUGAUGAACAUUCAUUAACUGAUCAAAUGGCUCAAGUUAUUGCAACAGAUGAGACAUCAGGAGAUGGUAUUCAACAGAUUAUAUAUGUUUCGUACCAAGAUCCAGAUGAUCCUAACCAGUCUCGAACUUUACAUUUCGUUGAUGCUGGAAUGAUGAGAAAUAAAGAGGAGAAAACGAAUGUAAAUCAAUCAUUAUCACAUUUAAGCGUUAGCAAUGAUAGCAUGCUUUCUAAUCCAGGUCAUGCUAAUGAAAAUAAUAACUCAAAUGAACGAAUAAAUGUGGAACUUUCAGAAUCCGAUCUUCAACUUCAGAUUACAGAUGAAGAAGGUAACCCAAUUCCUCUUUCAAUUCAAGAUGCCCGACAGCUUUUAUCUCAAAGUCAAUUUGUCAAUCAACUUAGUGAUGGGCAAGAAAUUAGAGUUCAUUCUGGUGUUAUUCCAGAUGAAUUAACAGCACCAUUAAGUGUACACGUUAAUCAAAAUUCCGACAUAAAGAAUGUCGACAUUUCUAGUACGGUAGAAACAAAAGUGAAAAAUAUUUCAACUGUACAAACAGAUGCAGAAGCAAUCGUAAAGGCAUUGCAGGAUGAAGAUACGGAUGCAAAUGCUGUUGCAACGAUUAAUCAAAUGGAGGAAUCAGAACAAUCGGGGAUAGCCGAUAGCGAACAAGCAAUAGAAUUCACAACGCAAGAUGGACAAAAAGUUCGUUUAGUUACUUCUUAUCAUGUUGAUCCAAUGCAACUUGCUUCUGAGUACCUGACUAUUGUAUAAAAUCAUAUAUGUAUAAUUUCUUCAAUUCUAUAUGUUAAAUUUAUUCAAAUGUGAUCGUGCUUUAUUUUUAACAGAAAAACUGAAUUUUUAAAGUACCCUAUUUAGUUAUUAAUAAAAUUUUGCUAGCUUGUAGAAUUCAUCAAGCGACGUACGAUCAUAAUUGCCUUUAGGUAAACAGAUAAUUGUUUAAGAGACGUUAAAGGUAGAGGUUUUAAUUAUUCCGUAUGUUUUGAAAUAUAAAGCAUGUACACUAUGGCUAAACUACUGACUACGUUUAUCAGAAUCUAAGGAAUAAUAACUUCAGCUGUUUAAUCUCUGAAGCGGCUAUGUGAAUGCUACAAAUUAAUAAAAUUUGGUUAAUAAUUAAACGAUGUACGCAGAAAGUUCUUCGAACGAAUCAUUUUUUCUUAUUUUAUCUUUAAGGAGUUACAUGAUUUAACAAAAUUUGUAAAUGUCAAAAUUUACUAAAUAUAAUAAUCAAUGAUAUUAGGUUGGCAACUAAGUGAUUACGGAUUUUGUCA